GGCUGUCGGGGUCGCUGGCGGGGGGCCGCCCGCCCACAGAUGUGCGGGAGGCGGGGCCUGGUGGGCCUCACCUUCUGCACCUGCUACCUGGCGUCCCACCUCACGAACAAGUAUGUCCUGUCUGUCUUGAGAUUUACCUGCCCUACAUUGUUCCAAGGGUGGCAGACGUUAGUUGGUGGACUUUUGCUUCAUGUGUCAUGGAGACUGGGCUGGGUGGAGAUCAACAGCAGUUCCAGAUAUGAUGUCUUGGCGUGGCUUCCUGCUUCGGUGCUGUUUGUGGGCACAAUAUACGCUGGUUCCAGAGCAUUGUCCAGACUGGCCGUUCCUGUGUUUCUCACUUUGCACAAUGCAGCUGAAGUCAUCGUCUGUGGGCACCGGAUAUGUUUUCGGAAAGAGAAAACACCUCCUGCCAAGAUCUGUAGCGCCCUCCUGCUCCUGGCCGCUGCGGGGAGCCUCCCCUUCAAUGACGCCCAGUUUGAUCCGGAUGGGUACUUCUGGGCUGUGAUUCACUUACUCUGUGUAGGGACAAACAAGAACAAACUCACCACCGCACGGUUCUGCUUGCUCAGGUCCUCCGUGGGAGGCUGGUCGGUCUCUAAACACGGUGGGAAGAGACCCAGAAGUCUGUGCCAAAGACACUCCAUCAAUAUACAAAAAAAGGAACUGGGGGCCUAUAAGGUCCUCCAGAAGUCCCCGAAACCCAGUGCGCUGAGUGACAUCGACCAGCAGUACUUAAACUAUAUAUUCAGCGUGGCGCUCCUGGCCUCCGCAGCUCAUCCCACAGGUGACCUCCUCCGCGCCCAGGACUUCCCCUUCUUGUAUUUCUACAGAUUCCACGGCAGCUGCUGCGCCAGUGGGCUUGUGGGCUUCCUCCUCACGCUCAGCGCCCUGAAGCUGAAGAGCCUGGUGGCCCCUGGGCAGUGUGCGGCCUGGCUGUUCGUGGCUCAGGUGGCCACAGCUGGCUCCUCGGUGCUGCUGUUCGAGGGGGUCCUGACCAGGGCGGCCGUGGGCUGCCUCCUGCUCGGCGGACUGGGAGAGGCCUUGCUGGUGUUCGCAGAGAGGAGGGGCGCCCCGAGAUGACGCGGUGACGACGGCGUGUGAGCUCCAGCGAGGGUGAGGGAGCCGAGCACGGAGCCGAGCACGGCAGGACCGCUUCCCCUGCGCCAGGAGCUCGCGGGUCUCUGGCCGCAGAGAACGGACCGGGUGCCUUUUCCUCGAGGGGCUCGCCGCGCCCCCGGGUGUGCCGACGCCUGGGACGCCCCGUGGAGGCGCCGCUCACCUGCCUGCAUGCGGCCUGCUGGAGCCCACACAGACGCCGCUCUCCCUGCUCACGCUCCGGGGGCCGCCCCGGCAUCUCGUGGCAUUUUGGGGUUUGUUUUGUGUGUUUACAUCUUCGGAGCCUCCUGGGACAUCCCUUCCUCUCCCACCCACUCACGGGGAUCCCUCCCGAGGGCGUCCACGGGGCGAGCGGACGCCAUCGGCCCAGAGCGGGCGCCGAAGCCUCGAUGUGGUCACAUGUUCCUUCUGUGGGUUGUCAUCCCGCUCACCAUGCAGUUAACCUGAGGCGAAAGGGUCGCCACAGAAGAGGUGGGUUCGCCCUGAGGUGUCCUCCGGCCAGGGAAGAGGAAACACGUCUCACAUGGACGCACACACCUUUUAUGUUCACGUUCCUUAAGCUCUGAGGCCAUUCCUUCCCCGUGUCUGAGGAGGUUUCAGUCACUGAACAAAAGUGUAUUUUUCAGGCCAAUUAAAGGUUGGAUUAAAGCUCUAAACUGUGCCUCAA